UGGCUAGCUGGCUAUCAAUCAGCUGGCCUGCCUGGUCCUUCUUCAGUGGUCAGAGACAGAGGGAGAGGCUGUAACAGAGAAAGAGGAAGAUGGCGUGCGAGUCGAGCCGCUCUCUAUUAUUUCUACCUCUAAGGACGCUGAUGAUUCUAAUAUUCACGUCCUUGGGAUCUUCGCAUUGCCAGCUAGUUCAGGCGCCCACAGAGCCGCCCAAAAAGAAGCCGGAUCCCGUGACGUCCGAGACGGUGGUUUUCUGGGGCCUUCGUCUCUGGCAAGUUAUCGGAGUCUUUGCCAUCUUUGUUCUGGGAGUCAUCAUCACUCUCUGCUGCAUCUUCAAAUGCCGGAUUCCGAGAACCAAGAAGGAAAUCGAGGCUCGCUACGCGCAGCGCCAGGCUGGGAAGCAGUAUGCCGACAAACUGGAGAGCGUUCCACCAUUAAAUGAGCUCACGGAAAUCCCCGGAGGCUCUUCUGAAAAUCUUCAAACUCUUUCUGGCCAAGUCCAGUCUAAACCUCACCGGUCUUUGCCGGUCCUCAGAGAAGAAGAUGAGAUGGUUCACCCGGCGAAUUAGACGUUUCCGUUCUGCUUCUAUUCCGCCUUUUCUUUUUCUUCCUUUCCUUCUUCGUCUUCAUUUCCAGUUUCUGUUUAUUGCCGUCACUACCCCCCCCCCAGUUAAAAUGUCCUCCUUCAUUCGCUUGUAAUUUGGUUUUAAUACAAAGUGUGACCUGAGGAGGUGAAAAGAUUCUAUAUUUUUGUUUCAUUUUUAAUAUGGACAUUUUAUGUUUUUCUGGUUCUUUGUGUCUGAAGCCUUUGUGUACGAUCAUAUAAAUGUUUUCUAUUCUGGAAGAAUUAUUAUAAUUCUCAUCAUUGUUGGUGGGCGAUUUUCUUUGAUAAAUAUUUUUUUUUGUUACG